AUGGAGAGCGAUAUGGAGGACUCGGCUUUUGAUGUUGGGCAGAGUGACUCUGAUGGAUUUGAACCCGUCGCACCUCCUAAAGCAAAAGCUGCACCUAAGAAAGCUGCUGCUGCAAAAGCUCCUAAGGUACCAAAAGCUCCAAAGGAACCAAAAGCAAAGGCAAAGGCAGCCCCUAAGAAGAUGGUACAAACAACCUUGAAGACCAGCAAGGCUCCGACCAAAACUUCCGCGAAAAAGCGCCCGAAGCCAGACACCGAUGGCGAAGACGAUCCUUCCGAUAUGGAUAUGCAUGGUGAUGCGUCUCUGCUGUCGAAUACCCCUCCAAGUAACAAGAAGAGAAAGAAGACACCGGCAAAGCAAGGUGGUGCAAAGCCUCUGGCAGAUAUCGCCAACGAGAGUAUGGCCCUAGACGACGACGAUGAUGACGAUGAGCCAGUAAAGCCAAAGCCCAAAGGCAAAAAGAAUGCAACAGACCAAUACCAGAAGCUCACACAACUCGAGCACAUCAUCAAGCGUCCGGAUACUUACAUCGGCUCCGUUGAACAGACCACUGAGACAAUGUGGGUGUUCAACUCCGAGUCCCAAUCGAUGGAGCUGCGAAAGAUUACGUUUGUUCCAGGUCUAUACAAGAUCUUCGACGAGAUUCUUGUCAAUGCUGCCGACAACAAGCAGCGUGAUCCGUCCAUGAAGUCGAUCAAAGUUGUUGUUGAUCGGGAGAAGGGAGAGAUCAGUAUUGAGAACGAUGGCGCUGGUAUUCCGAUCGAAAUCCAUGAGAAAGAAGGAAUCUAUAUCCCAGAGAUGAUCUUUGGUCACCUGCUCACUGGAUCCAACUAUGACGACGAUGAGGCGAAGACUACCGGUGGUCGUAAUGGUUAUGGAGCCAAACUCUGUAACAUCUUCAGUACCGAAUUUAUCCUGGAGACCCAGGACUCGAAUACUGGCAAGAGAUACAAGCAGACUUGGACGGAAAACAUGAGCAAGAUGGGCAAGGCAAAAAUCUCAUCAAGCAAGUCUUCGGAUUUCACCCGCAUCACUUUCACACCCGAUUACAAGAAAUUCAAGAUGGAAAACAUCGAUGAUGAUUUCGAGGCCUUGGUCAAGCGUCGAGUCUACGAUAUGGCAGGAACAUUGAAGGGUGUCAAGGUCACCUUGAACGGAACACUCAUCAAGUUGGACUUCAAGAAGUACAUCGAGAUGUACGCCAAAGCCAUCAACAAGGAGCGUGGUGUCGAAGAAGGCGCCGAGCCCCCUUCCGCUUCCGUCAUCAUCGAAGAUCCCAAGGCACACGCGAAGUGGGAGGUCGGAUUCGCGGUAUCUGAUGGCUCCUUCCAGCAAGUAUCCUUCGUCAACUCCAUCGCCACGACCUCAGGGGGUACUCACGUCAACUACAUCGCCGACCAAAUUUGCGACCAGUUGAUGGCCGUAGUGAAAAAGAAGAAUGCCAAGGGUACGGCUCUGAAGACGAACCAGAUCCGCAAUCACAUUUUCUUGUUCGUCAACUGCUUGAUCGUCAACCCUGCUUUCACGUCGCAAACCAAGGAACAAUUGACCACAAAGUCCAAGCAAUUUGGAAGCAAAUGUAUUCUAACCGACCAGUUCCUGAAGAAAAUUGGCCAGACCGAGGCUGUCCAGAACAUCUUGAACUUCCAGCAGGCCAAGGCCGACCAGGUUUUGGCGAAGAGUGAUGGAAACAAGCGAUCACGUAUGAGCAACCCCAAGCUUGUCGAUGCUAACUUGGCUGGUACAAGGCGAGGUCACGAGUGUACCCUGAUUCUCACUGAGGGAGACUCCGCCAAGGGUCUUGCCGUCGCAGGCAGAGCUGUCCUUGAUCCCGAUCGUAUUGGCGUCUUUCCUCUCCGAGGUAAACUCCUCAACGUCCGUGAUGCGUCUAUUGAUCAGAUAAGCAAAAAUGCCGAGAUCCAGAACAUCAAGCAGUUCCUAGGAUUGAAGCACAAGCAGAAUUACAACGAUACGACUGGCCUCCGUUAUGGGCACCUGAUGAUUAUGGCCGAUCAGGACCACGAUGGUAGUCAUAUCAAGGGUCUUUUGAUCAACUUCCUCCAGGUCCAAUUCCCCAGUCUGCUCAAGCUGCCCGACUUUUUCCGAGAAUUCAUCACCCCCAUUGUCAAGGUGUACAAGGGUCCCAACCCGAAGAAGCCUAUCAGCCAGAAGUCGUUCUUCACCAUGCCGCAGUAUGAGGAGUGGAAGGACCAGCACGCGAACGAGAAGGGAUGGACACACAAGUACUACAAGGGUUUGGGCACCAGUUUGCCCGAAGAUGCUCAGGUUUACUUUAGCAAUCUGGACAAUCACUUGAGAGAGUUCGAGGUCAUGACCCAAGCUGAAGAAGAGCUCAUUGACCUUGCUUUCUCCAAGAAGAAGGCCGAUGCUCGGAAGACAUGGCUGGGCAACUUCCUCCCAGGAACCUUUCUCGACCACUCCACCAAGACCCUGACGUACGAUAAUUUCAUCAACAAGGAGCUCAUUCUCUUCAGCAUGGCAGACAACAUCCGUUCUAUCCCAUCCGUCAUUGAUGGUUUCAAGCCCGGUCAACGCAAAGUCAUGUUCGCUUGCUUUAAGCGAAAUCUCGUCAAGGAUAUGAAAGUAGUAGAGUUGGCCGGCUAUGUUUCCGAGAACACCGCCUACCAUCAUGGUGAAGCCUCUAUGCAUAUGACGAUCGUUGGACUUGCUCAGAACUUCACGGGAUCAAACAACAUCAACUGCCUGGAACCGAGUGGAAAUUUCGGAUCCCGUCUUGCAGGAGGAAGCGAUUCGGCCAGUCCUCGUUAUAUCUUCACGAGACUUUCCCCCUUCGCUAGGCGUGUCUUCUCUGCUCUGGACGAACCAAUCUACGAGUACAAUGUUGACGAUGGGAAGAGCAUCGAGCCAACUAUGUACUGUCCCGUUGUUCCCAUGGUGCUCAUUAACGGUGCUGAUGGUAUCGGUACCGGAUGGAGCACCACCAUUCCCAACUACCACCCUCUGGACAUUGUCAAGAACCUGAAGCGCCGUAUGGGUCGCCUGGAUGAAGGUGAUGGUGAGGAGAAGCCCUUUCAGACCAUGGUCCCUUGGUUCCGUGGCUGGAAGGGUACUCCAGAGGAAGCCGGACCCAAUCGGUACAACUUCGACGGUGUGAUCAAAGAGAUGGGCAACAACGAAGUCGAGAUCACGGAACUUCCCAUCCGCAUGUGGACUGACGACUACAAGGCGAAGCUCGAAGAGAUUAUCAAGGGAGAGAAGGUUCCUUCGUUUGUCAAGGACUACAAGGAGUACAACGACCACAAGAGCGUACACUUCGUUGUGCAACUCGAUGAGAAGCACAUGAAGUCGGCCCUGACCGAUGGUCUGCUCGAUCGCUUCAAGUUGAAGAAGACUGUCGCCACCUCCAAUCUGGUUGCAUUUGACCCUCGUGGCCAAAUCAAGAAGUAUGAAAAUGUCGAGGAAAUUCUUGAGGAGUUUUAUGUGUACCGAUUCGCUAUGUACACGAAGCGCAAGGCUUAUUGGUUGGCCAAGAUCAACACGGAGUACCGGAAGCUCCGAAACCAAGCCAGAUUCGUGUUGGAGAUCAUUGAUAACCAGCUGGUGGUCUCAAAGCAAAAGAAGCCGGUUCUGGUUGCCGAGCUGCGCAAGCGUGGAUAUGAUGCAUUCCCCAAGCUCAACGAUGCAAAAAAGUCUGGCGAGACUGACGAUGUCGUGGAGAACGAUGAGGAGGUCUCUGCUGACGAUGAUGCUGGUGCGCGGGACUUUGAUUAUCUGCUUGGGCUACCCAUCUGGUCGCUGACACAGGAGCGCGUGGAGAAGCUCAAAGCACAGAUGGCUGCCAAGAAGGUUGAACAUGACACAAUGGAGAAGCUCACAGAGAAGGAUCUAUGGUGCGAGGAUCUUGACAAGUUCGUGAACGAGUGGGAAGUCCAACUUGCAGAAGAGGCAGAUUACCAGAAGACGAUUCGCAACACCAACCGCCGGGCCUCGAGGAAGAUUGGUGCUGGCAAGACCUCCAAGGCCAAGGCUAAGUAUGCCGACAACGAUUACAACCCGAAGCCAUCCAAGCCGCUGAAGGCCAACCCUGCCAAGAGCGCUGUCAAGGUUGAGCAGAAGACUCACCAGAGAUUCUUAGACAUGUUCGCCAGCAAGCCAAAGCAGAGCGCUGAAACCAACAGUGCAGAGGAUGAGUUUCAUGAGAUCUCGGAUGGCAUGUCUGAUGGGGAUUUUGAAGCAUUGAAGGCAGCCAAGCCUGCAGCCGUGGAAAAAUCAACGUCGACUUCCAGACAAGCCAGCGAGCAACCUGCCAAUGGACGAACCAAGCGCGCCGCCGCUGCAGCUCCGAAGAAGUGGGUUAUCACCGACGACGAGGAGUCUGAGAGUGAUGAUGGCGGGCUACUGGGAGACGUUGGUGCCAUGGUCAAGGGUAUUGGUGGAGGUGCCAAUGCAGAGAACAGUCGGUUCGCCAACUUUGCCCGUCCCGGCAGCAGUCAUGGCCAUACAGAUCUCCCCAAGCUCAAGACGAAGGCUAGCAGAACCUUUGACCUCGCUGACGACGUGGACGAGACCAACUACGAGAUGCUGGCCAAGUCAUCUCCUCAGAAGGCCCCUGCCCCUAAGGACAGCCUCGACAGCUUCCUAUCUGAUGACGAUGAUGACGAGCUUAUUGCCGUCACGAAGAAGGUUCCGACCAAGGCUGCUGCGCCAAAAGCUCCUCCCAAGGCAGUUGCGAAGGCUGCCGCAAAGCCAAAGAAAGCCGCAGCCCCGAAGAAGGUGACUGCCCCAGCAAAGCCAAGUCAACUCUCUCCGGCUGCGAAGGCCUACGCCGCUAAGCAAAGCAAGCUGCAACUCACAUCGCAGCCUGCCUUCAGCGAGGAUGAGGACGAAGACGUCGAGAUGGGUGACGGUGAUUCUCCGGCACCGGCACCCGCACCUAAAGCCAAGGCCAAGGCCAAGCCUGCUGCUGCCCGUCCUGUUAUCGUUGAUGAUGACGAUGAGGAUGACGAGGAUGAGGAUAUAGCUCCCCGACCUGCCGCUCGGGGCCGGGCACGUCCUGCUCGCGCAGCUGCUCUGCCCAAGGCGAAGAAGCCUGUCUAUAUCGAUUCUGAGGAUGAAGAUGAGAUGGACGUCGAUGAUGGGGACGACAGUGCGCUAGCGGAGGAGGAGAGUGAGGAUGAAUUUGACGAGAGCGAGUAG